AUGUCUGACAAACUUACCCGUAUUGCUAUCAUCAGUACUGACAAGUGCAAGCCAAAGAAAUGUAGACAAGAAUGUAAAAAGUCCUGCCCGGUCGUUCGAAGUGGUCGCCUCUGUAUCGAAGUUACCCCCGAGUCGAAAAUCGCUUUCAUCUCCGAGAAUCUUUGCAUUGGUUGUGGUAUCUGCCCCAAGAAGUGCCCAUUUGGUGCUAUCAACAUUAUCAAUCUGCCAACAAAUCUGGAGUCUCACGUAACUCAUCGAUACUCCGCCAACAGUUUCAAGUUGCAUCGAUUGCCUACACCACGUCCGGGACAAGUUUUGGGAUUGGUUGGUUCCAACGGUAUUGGAAAGAGUACAGCACUCAAGAUUCUCAGUGGAAAAUUAAAGCCAAAUUUGGGUAGAUAUGAUAACCCACCCGACUGGCAAGAUGUUAUCAAAUACUUCCGUGGCUCUGAGUUACAAAACUACUUCACGAAGAUUUUGGAAGACGAUUUGAAAGCAAUUGUGAAGCCCCAAUAUGUUGACAGAAUUCCAAGAGCCAUCAAAGGGCCAGAUAAGACCGUUCGAGGUUUGAUCGAAGGUGUUGCAUCAAUGGAGAAUUUCAAGGAGGUCUGCGACAUUUUGGAGUUGAAUCAUAUUAUGGACCGUGACGUCAAUCUUUUAUCCGGUGGAGAAUUACAAAGAUUCGCCAUUGCAACUGUUUGCGUGCAGCAGGCCGAUGUCUACAUGUUCGAUGAGCCAUCUUCUUACCUAGAUGUAAAGCAACGUCUUGCUGCUGCUCAAAUCAUUCGAUCAUUGUUGAGACCAGAUGAUUACGUUAUUUGCGUCGAGCACGAUCUUUCGGUGUUGGAUUAUUUGUCGGACUUCAUCUGCGUUCUGUACGGAAAACCCGCUGUCUACGGUGUUGUCACUCUCCCAGCCUCUGUCAGAGAAGGUAUCAAUAUCUUCUUAGAUGGUAACAUCCCAACUGAGAACUUGCGAUUCCGAGAAGAGUCUUUAACUUUCAAGAUUGCCGAGGCUGCCGAUGAAUUCAUGGCAGACAGAUCUCGAGCAUUCCAGUAUCCAUCCAUGGAAAAGACUCUUGGCAACUUCCACUUGUCUAUUGAGGCAGGAGAUUUCACCGAUUCCGAAAUUGUCGUUAUGAUGGGAGAGAACGGUACUGGUAAGACUACUUUCUGUAAGAUGCUUGCUGGUGCCACUCAACCCGAUGGCAAUCAAAAAGUUCCAGGUAUGAAGGUCAGUAUGAAGCCUCAAAAGAUCACGCCAAAGUUCGAGGGAACAGUCAGACAACUCUUCUUCAAGAAGAUCAAGACUGCCUUCCUUCUGCCUCAAUUCCAGACCGACGUCGUCAAGCCUCUCAAGCUCGAAGAAUUUAUCGAUCAAGAAGUCAAGACUUUGUCCGGAGGAGAAUUGCAACGUGUGGCUAUCGUCCUUGCUCUUGGUAUCCCCGCAGACAUAUACCUUAUUGAUGAACCCUCUGCCUACCUUGAUUCCGAACAGCGUAUCAUUGCUGCUCGUGUCAUUAAGAGAUUCAUCAUGCACUCGAAGAAGACCGCUUUCAUUGUCGAGCACGAUUUCAUUAUGGCUACUUACCUCGCGGAUCGUGUUAUUGUCUUUGAUGGCCAGCCUGGUAUCGACGCUCGCGCCAAUACCCCCGAGUCGUUACUCACUGGUUGCAAUAAAUUCUUGAAGAACCUCGAUGUCACUUUCCGUCGUGAUCCAUCUAACUACAGACCUCGUAUCAACAAGCUUAACUCCCAAUUAGACCAGGAGCAGAAGUUGAACGGCAACUACUUCUUCUUGGAUGAGGAUGACAAGGCUGCUACUAGUUGA